AAUUUAGAAAUCGUAAUAUAAUGCAUGUACCUGAAAUAAUAAUAUUCUUCAUAUUUUCAUUUGCUGCAUUUCUGUCGACAUAUUCAGCAUCAACCAUCACUGCAAACCUGAACAAAUCCGAACUGAACAACUCUACAAACUGUACUAACCGUGCAAAUUUGACUGAUACCAAAAAUUCAACUAGCUUUACGUGCCCAGAAGAAAGCAAAAGCCGUGCUUGGAUUGCUGGUGUUGUUAUUUUUAUAGUGCUCUUCCUAUUUGGCGGUAUUUGCGGAAAAGGAAACGUAUCCGUUUCAAUUGGUGGCGGAGGUUUCGGUGCUGGAGGAGGGGACGGCGGGGGUUGUGGAUGAAGAGAUUUUGUUUUUGAGGUUUUGUAAGAAAAAUGUGACAAUAUAUAAUUAUCAUCAAGCACAGUUUUUUUCAUACGUAUUUAUGUAUAUUGUAAAUGUUUCAUUUAACGUAAAAUCAACGUUCUAUUUUAAAUCAGACGAGUUUUAAAAAUAGUAAAAUCUAUAUAUCAUUGGUCAUUUCGUACAUUGCUAAAUAUUUUAAACAUUACUUAAUUAUGAUUCGUUUUUGUGUGCAUAAUAAUGACAUGUACCCAAAUUUUGUAUGAUAUAUUUUUACUCCAAUAAAAUAAUAAACAAUA